AUGGGAGAAGAUGCCGGCUUCCUCUGGUUGCCCAGAGAGAUAGGGUGUGUCUGUCUGGAAAAGCCUCAGGGGUAUGAAAUUAUGCAGCAGGAAGUCAGGCCCUUGGUGGCAGUGGAUAUAAUAGAACAGCUUCACAGGCGAUUUGCCAUUCUUUCAGGUAAGGGUGCGGAGGCUGCCAGCAUCGGGUUCAUCAUUGUUAUUGACCGGCGAAGGGACAAGUGGAGCUCUAUAAAGGCAUCCUUGACACGAAUAGCUGUGGCAUUUCCAGGAAAUUUACAGCUUGUAUUCAUUCUGCGUCCAUCCUGCUUUAUCCAGAGGACAUUCACUGACAUUGGCAUUAAAUACUAUAGAGAAGAAUUUAAAAUGAAAGUGCCGAUCAUCUUGUUAAAUUCUGUUUCUGACCUUCAUGGCUACAUUGACAAAAGCCAACUGACGCAGGAGUUAGGGGGGACUUUGGAAUAUCGCCACAGUCAGUGGAUAAAUCAUCGCACUGCCAUGGAAAACUUUGCCUUGACAUUGAAGGCCUCUGCUCAAAUGCUGCAGACAUUUGGGGCCUGCCUGGCCUCAAUAGAGCUGCCCAGAGGCAUGUCGUCCACUGAAGACCUUCUCAUGUCCCACAGAAGGCAGCGGGACAAGCUGCAGAAUGAGCUGAAAUUGCUUGGAAAGCAGGGGGCCACUUUGCUGUCAUGUAUCCAAGAACCAGCGGUCAUAAAUCCUGCCGGCAAACUCAAUCCCAAUGAACUUGAGAAUGUUGUUACCAUGGAAAGGCUGUUAGUUCAGUUGGAUGAAACAGAAAAGGCCUUUAGUCAAUUUUGGUUUGAGCAUCACGAGAAGCUUAAUCAGUGCCUACAACUACAGCACUUUGAGCACAAUUUUUGUAAGGUUAAGCUUGCCCUGGAUAAUUUGUUGGAAGAGCAAGCAGAGUUUACAGGCAUCGGAGGCAGUGUGACGCACGUGGAGCAACUUCUCAAGGAACACAAAAAACUGGAGGAAAAAGGCCAGGAAUCCUUGGAAAAGGCCCAGCUGCUUGCACUGGCUGGGGACCAGCUCAUCCAGAGCCACCAUUAUGCAGUGGACUCCAUCAGGCCCAGGUGUGUGGAACUUAGACACCUCUGUGAUGACUUCAUCAACGAAAACAAGAAAAAAUACGACAUUUUAGGAAAGUCCUUGGAGUUACAUAGACAGCUAGACAAGGUCAGUCGAUGGUGUGAGGCAGGAAUCUACCUCCUGGCUUCCCAACCUGUAGACAAGUGCCAGUCUCGAGAGGGAGUUGACAUCGCCUUGAACGACAUUGAGACAUUCCUGAGCACAGCCAAGGAGUACCAGUUGCCUAGCCCCAAGGAGUUUUACAACCAGUUUGAGUUGAUACUCACCCUUGAUGUGGAGGCCAAAGCCCAGAAAGUCUUGCAGAAGCUAGGUGACGUGCAGGAAAUAUUUCACAAGAGGCAAGUGAGUCUAAUGAAACUAGCAGCCAAACAGACUCGUCCAGUGCAACCUGUGGCCCCUCAUCCUGAGUCUUCCCCCAAAUGGGUGUCAUCAAAAACCAGCCAGCCUUCCACCUCAGGUAGGUUAUCUCCUCCUCUCAGAGCCUCUGAGGAACCUCGCGUGGAGAGAGAUUUGAGCUCCCUGGAAAAGGAAGGUGAUGAGACUAAAUCUGAAGUCAAGAAUGAAGAAGUCCUUGAAAGUAGUCACAACAGGGAGAGCUCUGAGCUGGAGCCACGGGCCAGCCGUGGAGACCUUUUCCCCAGCAGGAGCCUCAUACGUGACUUGCUUCAGACUGAAGAGAUUUAUAUAAAAGAAAUUAAAAGCAUAAUUGAUGGAUAUAUUAUUCCAAUGGAUUUUAUUUGGCUGAAGCACCUAAUUCCAGAUGUUCUUCAGAAUAACAAGGACUUUCUCUUUGGGAAUAUUAGAGAACUUUAUGAAUUUCACAACAGGACUUUUCUAAAAGAAUUGGAAAAGUGUGCUGAAAACCCUGAACUUCUGGCACACUGCUUUCUCAAGAGAAAAGAAGAUCUUCAAAUAUAUUUUAAAUACCAUAAGAAUCUGCCCCGAGCCAGGGCAAUCUGGCAAGAAUGUCAAGACUGUGCCUACUUUGGGGUAUGCCAGCGCCAACUGGAUCACAACCUUCCUCUUUUUAAGUAUCUUAGAGGACCCAGCCGGAGACUUAUAAAAUACCAGAUGCUGCUGAAGGGUCUGCUGGAUUUUGAGUCUCCUGAAGAUCUGAAGAUAGAGCCAGGUGACCAGGAAGGAGGCUCAACUAAGAAUGGGCCAAAGAGGACCAAGGAUUCACCGUUCUCAGCUGAACUACAACAAGCUUUGGCGGUGAUAGAGGAUUUGAUCAAGUCCUGUGAGCUAGCCGUGGACCUGGCAGCGGUCACUGGAUGUCCGGAUGAUAUCGGGAAACUGGGCAAGAUGCUGAUGCAUGGCGCUUUCAACGUCUGGACGAUUCACAAGGAUCGUUAUAAAAUGAAGGAUUUUAUUCGAUUUAAGCCCAGCCAGAGGCAAAUCUAUCUAUUUGAAAGGGGAAUAGUGUUCUGUAAGAUACACACAGAGCCUGGGGACCAGGGUCUGUCUCCUUGUUACAGCUUCAAGAAGUCUAUGAAGUUGAUGACACUUUCAAUUCACCAAGUUGGAAGGGGGAGCAAUAAAAAGUUUGAAAUUGCCAGCCGCAAUGGACUUGAGAAGUACAUCCUGCAGGCAGCUUCAAAAGAAAUCAGAGACUGCUGGUUUUCAGAAAUAAGUAAAUUAUUGAUGGAGCAACAAAACAAUGUUAAAGGCUCCUCCAGCAGUGACUUUAUCUCCACGGAAACCUUUGAAGCGAGUGACGGGGCGGAAGACUUGGAAAAGGAGAACAGCGCUCUCAGCCUGGCCGGACUUUUCCAGUCGGACGACAGUGAUGAAACCUGUCCCUCCACCAGGGUUUUGCAGGAGCCGGGAGAAAACGCCCAGAGGAAAGGCAGUGCGGAGGAAACGGCGUCCAGCGGCACCAAGGAGCAAGCCAGCGGGUCCCCGGGCGUGCUGGCUCUGGCGGGGGACACGGCGGGUCCCCGGGCAGAGGCUGUGCCAGCGAGGGCGGGAUACCGGAGGACCUCCUCCCUGCAGAACUGA